AUGACUGACGCAAAUAUAUCAAAAACAGACCUUGAAAACGUUUGUCAAGCCCUUGGUAUCGCUACUGACGGAGUAAAAGCUGACCUGAUUCAGAGAUUGAGAAAGCACCUAAAAGGAAAAAACCGUGCUGAAAGCAAUGACACUGAACUAUCCUGUAGAAACGAAGAGGAAGGUCCAAACACGAUGGGUCAUGAUCACCUCUCAGAUACAUCAGAAAUAGAUUUGAAUCAGCAAGCAAGAACUUUAAGAGAACUGGCACACCUGUCACAAAAAGGAACAGAACCACGGGACUCCUUAGAGAACAAUCGCUGA